AAAAAUAAGAAAAGAAAGCGUACAGAUGAAGCGGAGAAAGUGUCAGAAGACCAGAGCUCAUCUGCCAUACAAGAACCUCCUACAAAAGCAAAGAAAGCAAAGAAAGCGAGAAAGAAGGAACUUUCAAAAGCAGAGAAAAAGUUGGCAAACAGAGAGAGCGCUCUAGAGCAGGCAGAUGAAGAAGAGGAGCAAAAACUGUCUCAAAACAAAGUGAAGAAAAAAAAAAAGGCUUCUCAUGCUGUCACCAAAAGCACUGUCAAUUCAGACACAGGCAGUACUGUAAAACAGCAGAAGGUGAAGCAGGUGCCUGACGAAGCGGUGAACAGGAGAACAGUGUUUGUUGGGAACUUGCCCGUCAGCUGUACUGUUAAGGAACUGAAAUCCCUUUUUAAAGAGUAUGGACAAAUAAAAUCCAUUCGAUUCCGGUCUUUGGUUCCAGCAGAAGAUACUUCAUCCAAAAAGUUAGCAGCAAUAAAGCAUAAGGUGCACCCUAAUGCGAAGUUCAUCAACGCUUAUGUUGUAUUUAAGGAAGAAGGUGAUGCCACUAAGGCUCUAAACAAAAAUGGAACGGAAAUUGCUAAUGGAUUUCACAUCAGGGUUGACAUUGCAUCAAAAAGCGGUUCGCAUGACAACAAACGAUCUGUGUUCUUGGGAAAUCUCUCAUAUGACAUCAGCGAUGAUGCUGUGCGAGAACACUUUUCUGUCUGUGGAGAUGUCGUAGGUGUGCGAGUUGUGAGGGACAGAAAGACCGGCUUGGGCAAAGGCUUCGGCUACGUGCUCUUUGAGAACACGGAUGCUGUACAUCUGGCGCUGAAACUCCACGAGAGUGUUCUGUUGGGAAGGAAGAUACGGGUGAAGCGCUGUGGAGAUAAGUGGAAAGCACCGCAGAAAAGUCCGGAUCGGCCCCGUGCUCCUAAGGACAGAGUUGGUACCACACUGAAGAAGUGCUCUGAUGAUGCCUUUGUUGGUGAAAAAGCUGUCCCGCUAAAGAAGAGCACUAAACCAAAAGGACUAAAAAAUAUUCCCAGAAAUAAAGCUGGGAAAAACAAGAAGGUUUUUGAUAAAAAUCAAAUGUUUAAAAAUGUUCGUUGUUCUUAUAAAGAUUGA